ACGUCGCUUUUAUUUUCAGCGAUGCCUGAACCCACCAAGUCCGCUCCUGCUCCGAAGAAAGGCUCCAAGAAAGCUGUGACCAAGGCGCAGAAAAAAGAUGGCAAAAAGCGCAAGCGCAGCCGCAAAGAGAGUUAUUCCAUCUACGUGUACAAGGUGCUGAAGCAGGUCCACCCGGACACGGGUAUCUCGUCCAAGGCCAUGGGCAUCAUGAACUCCUUCGUCAACGACAUCUUCGAGCGCAUCGCCGGCGAGGCUUCCCGCCUGGCCCAUUACAACAAGCGCUCCACCAUCACUUCCCGGGAGAUCCAGACGGCCGUGCGCCUGCUGCUUCCCGGGGAAUUGGCCAAGCACGCCGUGUCCGAGGGCACCAAGGCCGUCACCAAAUACACCAGCUCCAAGUAGGCUUGGGCAGUGGAAAAGAAAAAACUAAAAAUUAACCCAAGGGCUCUUUUAAGAGCCACCUA